GGGUGAAAAAAAUACGACCUCAUUUAGCAUUCCGAACAUAUCAACGCCAAUAAUUUACCAUCGAUUUCGGUAGAAAAAAUAUUCAAGAAAACUGAAAAAUAGACAUCUCUUGUCAAAACAAAGUUAGGCGGAUUUUACUGAAAAUUUAUAGACCUGUCUGUAGAAUUAAUUGUAAUUUAUUAGCAUAAAAAUAUGAUACGUUUUUCAGGAAACGCCAUCUUAGAUAUCGUUUACAGAAAUAACCAAAGGGCGUUCAAUACUCUAAGUCAGACCAAGUAUGGAGUCUCUCACAACCUCGCACCGUGUUACAUCGGAACCUUAUUCAAUAACACACGCAGUGAAGGUACAAGGAAUGCCAGCAGUGAGUCCAGGAAGCGACCCCGGGUCCCGCCCCACGGUAACAAGUACCAUAAGCCGGGGGAGGUCAGGAAGUACUCCCCCUUCCAUUACCCUGGUCAGUCCAAAGCGGAGUGGGUGGUGGCUCGUGCUGAUGAUAUCCUGAAUUGGGGCCGAAGGUGUUCCCUAUGGCCGCUAACAUUUGGCCUGGCAUGCUGCGCUCUAGAGAUGAUGCACUACGCUGCUCCCAGGUACGACAUGGAUCGGUUCGGGAUGGUGUUCCGCGGCACUCCGCGGCAGACCGACGUCAUCAUAGUCGCAGGCACGGUGACCAACAAGAUGGCGCCCGCGUUCCGCAAGACCUACGACAUGAUGCCCGAGCCCAAGUGGGUGGUGUCCAUGGGCAGCUGCGCCAACGGCGGUGGCUACUACCACUACACGUACUCCACGGUUCGAGGCUGCGAUAGGAUUGUGCCGGUGGAUAUUUACGUGCCCGGAUGCCCGCCGACAGCGGAAGCGCUUUUGUACGCCAUGCUGCAACUGCAGAAGAAGGUCAAACGAAUGAAGGUGAUUCAAAUGUGGUAUCGCCAUUGAAUACCAAAAAAAAUAAUUUGUAAUAU